CUGCCGCUGCUACUUACAACCGCUGGCCGCUGCUGACUGCUACUGCCGCUGCGAUUUGAUUUGUGGGUCAGGUCAUGGUGAGCGGCGGCAUGGCCGGGCAGCACUACUGCCUGCGCUGGAACAACUACCAGUCGAAUAUGACGUCGGUGUUCCACCAGCUCCUGCAGACCGAGGCCUUCGUCGACGUCACCCUGGCGUGCAACGAGGCCUCAUUAAAGGCGCACAAGGUGGUGCUGUCGGCCUGCAGCUCCUACUUCCAGAAGCUCCUGCUGUCGAACCCGUGCAAACACCCGACGAUCAUCAUGCCGCAGGACGUCUGCUUCAACGACCUCAAGUUCAUCAUCGAGUUCGUCUACCGCGGCGAGAUCGACGUUUCGCAAGCGGAGCUUCAGUCGCUCUUGAAGACGGCCGACCAGCUAAAAAUCAAGGGCCUGUGCGAGGUGCCGGAGAACAGGGACGGUCCGCAGCCCGUGAGUCUGAGCUCGCCGCCGAGGGAGUCCGGCACCCCGAGGUUGAACUACACGAAGCUGAAGAAGCACCAUCAGCGGUACAAGAGACCCAGAAUCGAGCGGCCCGCGUUCGAGCCGCGUCCUACCGAUCCGAGACACUACGAUCGUUACAAAGAGGAGGAGGCCAACGAUUACAACCGUGAUAACAAAGAGAACCAUCGGGACUGGCAGGCUGAAGAUGAAGAGUGCACGGAGACAGCAGCAGCAGCAGUAGCACUGGAAACUUGCCAGCGUAAUAAUAAUAACAAUAACAACAACAACGGUAACGGCACGAGUAACAACAGUGACAUGUUCUGUCACACAGGGCUAGGGCACUAUGGCCACCAUCCGGAUCCCGGAGAGGUCGAUUUGCCCCCCGAGACCCAACCCACCCCACCCAGCGCCACCCUGGUCGGCACCACCAUCACCCAUCUGAGGGAUCCGGAUCAUCAUACAGAGAUUCAGAAUUGCGACAGCGUCAAGAUCAAGUUCGAGACGCUGCACACGAUGGACUCCUCGGACACGAUCGACAUAGACAGCCACAUGUCCGAUCGGGCGAGCGUGAGCUCGAAGAACGCCGCCGACAGCGAUAACAUGAUGAUGAUAACGCCGGAGCUGCUGGGGCUGAUGCCGUCGGGAAGUUCCGGCCAGUCGGAUUCGGGGGAGAACAACUCGAGGGGGCAGUCCAGCUCGCAUCAUCAUGGUUCGAAGUCGUGGACGCAGGAGGACAUGGACGCGGCUUUAGAGGCGCUGAGGCAUCACAACAUGAGCCUGACAAAAGCUUCUGCAACAUUCGGUAUUCCCUCGACGACUCUGUGGCAACGGGCGCACCGACUGGGCAUCGACACACCGAAGAAGGACGGCCCCACGAAAUCGUGGAGCGACGAGAGCUUGAACAACGCUUUAGAAGCGCUGCGCACCGGCUCCAUUUCGGCUAACAAGGCGUCCAAGGCGUACGGUAUACCUUCCAGUACGUUGUACAAGAUCGCCAGGAGGGAAGGCAUCAGACUGGCCGCGCCGUUCAACGCGAGUCCGACUACGUGGACGCCCAGCGAUCUGGACCGCGCUCUAGAAGCAAUAAGAUCUGGUCAGACGUCCGUGCAAAGAGCGUCGACAGAAUUCGGUAUACCUACGGGGACUCUUUACGGAAGAUGCAAACGGGAAGGAAUCGAGCUUAGCAGGAGCAAUCCUACGCCGUGGAGCGAAGACGCUAUGACUGAAGCUCUCGAGGCCGUCAGAUUAGGGCACAUGAGCAUAAAUCAAGCCGCGAUCCACUUCAAUCUGCCGUAUUCGUCACUGUACGGGCGCUUCAAGAGAGGCAAAUACGAGGAGCCCGUCGUCGGCGACAUCUCGCAGGACGGCACCAGUCCGCAUUUCCAUCAGAGCCCCAAUCAGAAUCACUCGUCCGCCCUUCCAGAUCAAAUGCCUUACCCGGGCAGUUGAAACUUACCUCUUUACUAGAGUAUUAAGUUAGCUUAAGCUCCGAACUUUUCGAUUCGCGGCAGCUCCUCGAGCAACUCUUUAAGCAAACAAACAAACGCGCGGGCGGCAUUCUAAGAGAGAUUAGAAGGAUACCGAUCGGAGAGGGAAAAUGUCACUUACGAAACCUACGCAUCUACGGUACAGCGAAGGGACGAAGAAUUUACCCGCAGUAUUAAAAGUGGAUCGCCGUAAGCAAGCAUUAUGUACAUUGUAUGAUUUUUAUCGUCGGAACAAGAAACGUAGAUUAUACUAAUUUAUAAGAAGUUAUUUAUAAAAAGAGCACACUGUACAGAGACCGAGGGAAGGGGGGAGGAGGGGAAGUGCCCCAAACGAAAACUACUUUUAGCACGUAAGUCACCUACGAAGCGUUAGACGAGGAUAGAUAUUACGAACAACGGACGACAGUAUCUUGUUAAGCGAAAUCAUACAAGAAAGGUAAUGAUGCCGAUCAAUCGAUUGCAAGAGGUUGUAGAGGUUGAUUUCCUGAAGGUAUCUUCAAAGAAGGUAUCUUCUGCUCUUACGCCGUCACCAAACAAUACAUUAGAAUUCACACAGUGAAUUCUCGAAAUAAGGCGUGUCUCUUGUACGAUAAUUUCGCGUAACAAGAAUACAUUCGUGAGCAUGUGUCGAUGGGGGUGCGAGCGUAUAUGUACUUUAGUGCUAUCCACAAAAUUUGAAUACGUAAUGAGGGAAGACGACUAUUUGUUGUAAUACACGAAUGGUCGAAACGAAAUGAUAUAAAGGACAAAAUUUAUUUAAAGGAGUUGCGGACGAUUUCAUUUUUUUUGACGAAUAAUUCCGCGCGUUUUAUUUCGCGCGAAAUUAGCGAAUGUGCAUUUUUAUUUAUUUACGUUGCGGGUACAAUUGAUUAAAGUUAAGUCGGUACUUUGAAAAUUAAAGCAACUCCUCGUGUUCGUUUGCAUGACAUUUGGCCGUUCUAGUUCGAUGGUAUCGGCGACAUGAAGGGUUUCACGAGGAUAACUUAUGCGCUAAUUUAAAACGUAUUCCACAUAAUGGACUGAUAAUAAUUAGGGUCUUUAUUAAUUUUUGUGUUAUCGACUCUUCCGUUUCAUUCGUUCUAUUAACGAAAGAGGGAUAAAAAAAAAGAGAGAUGAGUUUUUUCCACGAGAAGGAUAAGAUGGUAAAUAUUUACGGAAUAGAUAGAGGUACGGCUUUUAAAACAGAGUUUCUUAGGAAAAUUUAAGAUUCCCUCUCAGCUCAACUGCCACUCGUAUAAAUAUGUUACACACAUUAAUUUAUCAUGCUCACAUCAAGUAUAUUACAUAAAAAUAUACAUAUAGAUAUAUGCUACUUAUAAAAAAAAUAUAUAUAUAUGUACAGUUUAUAUAUAUUUUAAAUUAAAAAGUAAUGCAAUCAAAGAAGCGUUUGAUUUGUAUGAAUCUCUUAAAUCUCUCUCUUAUUUCUUUUUCUAUAUGAUAAGCAAAUUAGCUCUUUAUGACUCCUGAAAAUUUUAUACGGCAGCUGUGAGAAUGAAAAUAACACAGUUUACUGUUGAAGAUAACAUGUUUAUUAUGAAA